GGCCGGGAGCGGUUCGAGACGAGGGUGACGGUGCUGGAGAAUGGGCUGCGUGUCGCCUCCCAGAAGAAGUUCGGGCAGUUCUGCACCGUGGGCCUUCUCGUAAAUUCGGGAUCAAGACAUGAAGCGAAAUACCUCAGCGGCAUCUCUCACUUCUUGGAAAAGCUGGCCUUCUCUUCCACAGCUCAGUUUGGCAGCAAAGAUGAAAUUCUCCUUACCUUAGAAAAGCACGGAGGCAUUUGUGACUGCCAGGCAUCAAGGGACACCAUAAUGUACGCUGUUUCUGCUGACGCCAAAGGCCUGGACACAGUGGUCAACUUGCUGGCUGAUGUAGCACUACAACCCAGGUUAUCAGAUGAGGAAAUUGAGAUGACGCGAACGGCUAUACGAUUUGAGCUUGAAGACUUGAAUAUGAGACCUGAUCCAGAGCCUCUUCUCACAGAAAUGAUCCAUGCGGCAGCCUACAGAGACAAUACAGUUGGACUGAAUAGGUUCUGCCCAGUGGAAAAUACUGACAAAAUUGAUCGAGAAGUCCUGCAUUCGUACCUGCGCAACUAUUAUACGCCAGACAGGAUGGUGCUUGCUGGGGUGGGAAUCGAGCACGAGCAGUUAGUGGAGUGUGCGAGGAAACAUCUACUUGGCGUGGAGCCGGUGUGGGGCAGCGGGCAGACCAAGGAUGUGGACAGAUCAGUGGCUCAGUAUACAGGAGGCAUUGUCAAGGUUGAAAAAGAUAUGUCAGAUGUGAGUCUGGGCCCUACUCCCAUCCCGGAGCUUACCCACAUCAUGAUUGGGUUAGAAAGCUGCUCAUUUUUAGAGGAAGAUUUCAUUCCCUUUGCGGUAUUAAACAUGAUGAUGGGAGGCGGUGGCUCUUUUUCAGCUGGAGGGCCUGGCAAGGGCAUGUUCACCCGACUGUAUCUCAAUGUGCUCAACAGGCACCACUGGAUGUAUAAUGCAACUUCUUACCACCACAGUUACGAGGAUACGGGUCUCCUGUGUAUACAUGCCAGUGCAGAUCCAAAACAGGUUCGAGAGAUGGUGGAAAUCAUCACAAGAGAAUUCAUCCUAAUGGCAGGAGCAGUAGGAGAGGUAGAACUUGAGCGAGCGAAGACGCAGCUGAAGUCCAUGCUCAUGAUGAACCUUGAGUCUCGGCCGGUUAUCUUUGAAGAUGUGGGAAGGCAAGUGUUGGCAACAAACACAAGGAAGCUACCUCAUGAGCUCUGUGACCUGAUCAGCCAGGUGAAAUCUACUGAUAUCAAGAGAGUGGUCACUAAGAUGCUUCAUAAAAAACCAGCUGUGGCUGCGCUGGGUGACUUAACAGAUUUGCCCACUUACGAACACAUCCAGGCAGCGCUUUCCAGUAAGGAUGGGCGACUCCCUCGGAUGUACCGGCUCUUUCGAUAAAGCAGUGCGUCCUGCACGUCUGACAGACUUGCUUCUUUUUUAAUAUGUUUUUGAGAUUAUGAUAUUGCUGCA